AUGUAUAGGGCACCCAUUAUGAUUGUUGAUUUGAAGAUAGGUAAUAACGUAUGGAAGCUUGCAACUCGUGUCGUUGAUUUGUGGAUUGUGAAGGACCGUAACGGACAACAACACUUUGAAGGUGUUCUCCAAGAUAACAAGUGUGACAAAAUGCACGUCGUGACUCGCAAUAGGGAUUUCGAUUUAUGGAAGCAGAGACUACGAGAACAUCAAACUGUCAUGGUUUAUAAUGGUGACCCGUUAAACAAUGAUCUUGCCUUGAAAGUAUGUGACAACCCGUUGAAGCUUGUCUUCAAUGGUGGUACCACUGUAACGGUGGUUGACAUGCCAGAAAUGUAUGCUUAUCAGUUUUGUUUCAAACCCAUUGUUGAUUUCUCACGCGGAGAUUUUCGAGUAAAUCGCUUAUAUGAUGUGAUAGGUGUGCUCCACGAAAUUGUGAAGACUCAAGUUGCGGGUGGCGGAAAGAAGGCUUGCGUCAACCUUGUCAUAUUCGAUGAAAUUGGUUCUGAAAUUGAUAUGACUCUGUGGGAAGCAUAUGCCACUCAGUUUAUGGCCUACACAAAUGAGAAAACCACACAUGGCCCGACUAUUAUCGUCAUCACUCAUGCCAUGUGCCAACAAAGUUCAGGUAAUGUUUGCUAUUGA